UUAGCGGCAGUCGGACGUGUUUGCUUUAAAUCGGGCCAACCUCGCACGUGUGGAAUAAACGUGGUCGUGUUGAUUUAAGUCGAGGUUAAAUUAUUUAAAAGAAACGCAGCAAAAUGAUGGCCAAGAGCACGGAUGAGAUGAAAGCGUUAGCGGUCAAAUUGUUUCAAAUCAAUGCAUUCAAAUUUGGCGAUUACAAAAUGAAGGUCGGCAUUAAUUCUCCGGUUUACUUCGAUCUGCGCGUUAUUGUUAGCUAUCCAGAUGUGAUGCAAACCGUUUCCGAUCUACUAGUGGCGCACAUUAAAGAUCUGCAGCUGAGCUCCAAGCACGUCUGCGGCGUGCCGUACACCGCGCUGCCGCUGGCGACCAUCGUCUCGGUGCAGCAGAACACGCCCAUGCUGGUGCGCCGCAAGGAGGCGAAGGCGUAUGGCACCAAGAAGCUGAUUGAGGGCAUUUAUCAGGCCGGCGACACCUGUCUGAUUGUCGAGGAUGUGGUCACCUCCGGUUCGAGCAUACUGGACACUGUCCGUGAUCUGCAGAGCGAGGGCAUUGUGGUCACCGAUGCCGUUGUCGUCGUCGAUCGGGAACAGGGCGGCGCCGCCAACAUAGCCAAGCACGGCGUGCGCAUGCAUUCCCUGUUCACGCUCUCCUUUCUGCUCAACACGCUGCACGAGGCGGGGCACAUCGAGAAGGCCACGGUGGAUGCGGUAGCCAAAUAUAUUGCAGCAGUCCAGAUAAACAGCGAUGGCUCGUUUAUUGGCGGCGAUAAGAGCGUGACCGAAGCCAACGACUUUACGCGCACCAAACUGACCUACGAGAGUCGCGCCAACUUGGCCAAGAGUCCGAUGGCCAAGCGCCUGUUCAAUCUAAUGGCCGCGAAGCAAACGAAUCUCUGUCUGGCCGCCGAUCUGACCGAGGCGGAUGCCAUUCUGGACAUGGCCGACAAGUGCGGUCCCUACAUUUGCCUGCUCAAAACCCAUGUAGACAUUGUGUCGGACUUCAGCGAGAGUUUCAUUGUCAAUCUUCAGGCGCUAGCCACGCGACACAAUUUCCUGCUAAUGGAGGACCGCAAAUUUGCGGACAUUGGGAACACGGUAUCGCUGCAGUAUGGCCAGGGCUUCUAUAAGAUAGCCAACUGGGCGGAUUUGGUGACAGCGCACACGCUGCCCGGCCGCAGCAUUGUCCAGGGCCUGAAGGCGGCACUCGGCGGUGCUAAUCCCUCCAACGAGCGUGGCGUCUUCCUGCUGGCCGAAAUGUCCGUCAGCGGAAAUCUGAUCGAUGAAAAGUACAAGGAGAACAGCAACAAGAUUGCCACCGAGGGCGGCGAUGUCGACUUUGUGGCUGGUGUCGUCUGUCAGUCUACCAAUUGCUUUGCUUUUCCCGGUCUGAUACAGCUAACGCCGGGCGUGAAGAUCGAUGAGGGCGUCGAUAAGCUGGGACAACAAUAUCAAACGCCGGAGCAUGUGGUCAGGGAGUGUGGCGCCGAUAUUGGCGUUGUAGGACGCGGCAUUCUCCAGGCCUCAAAUGUGGAGAAGACGGCGGCCAGCUAUCGCGAUCGUCUUUGGGCCGCCUACCAGGAGCGUGUUGCCAAGUAGGCGUGCCUGCUACGCCCACAGUUUCAAAGUUGCCCC